CAUUUCUUCCCUAAUACAGAAGCAAUUCCAGUAUGAUCUAAAAGAAGAUUUACAGAAACACAAAUCAACUUGCAUACCGGAAAACGUCAGAGAUCAACAUAAAAGAAUAUUGCACAAAUGGAGGAAAGGCGUCUUUUUUGAAAUCUCUUCUUUUAAAAGCAUGAAAGACUUUUUCAUUUCUCAUCAAAUUGUUGCUGUGAUUGGAUCUCCCGGAUCUGGAAAAACUGCUUUGAUCCGCCACGUCGCUUUACAGCUAGAGUCCGAGUAUCAGAUUGUUCCAAUCUCCACACUCGGGGAUAUCAUCAACUUUGGUGACUUAAACAGACCACAAAUAUUUGUCAUAGAUGACGUUUUAGGUGUGUUUACUUUAGAGAGAAAUUUGGUAUCAGAUCUCGAAAGACAUAGUGAACAAAUUGAAAAUAUUUUAGAUAAGAAAUCAAAGAGAUCAAAAUUAUUUAUGUCGUGUAGAUUGGCAGUGUACAACGAGGCGAAGGAAUUAGAUGUGGUGUUUUUUAAAGAGGAUACCAUCCUCAGCUUGAAUAAUGAGGAGAACACUCUUACUCAGGAAGAUCAAAAAGGUAUAUUUGAAUCUCACAUGAUGCAUGAAGGGAUUUCAUGUGUCUUUGAUUUAAAUUAUUUGCAUGAAAAAGAAGUCUCCAUGUUUCCACUUCUUUGUCAAAUGUUUAGCAGCGAUAAAGGCAUCAGAGAGUACAGAAAAGAUUUUUUUAAAUAUCCAAAUAAAUGCUUGCUAUCAGAAAUAGGUAAAAUUAAAACAAGAAAUAACCUACAGUAUUUCUCCAUUGUUCUCUGUAUGUUGAACAACAAUUGCCUUUCUGAAGAAAUGCUGAUCGACAGUAGAAUGAUUAAUCUUGUAUGCCGUUCUUGCAAAGUAAAAAAAUAUCCUCAAAACUGGGAAAUAAUUCAGCAAUUGUCUCACUUAAAAGGUACCUUUAUCACAGAAAACGAUCAAAAAUAUACUUUUAUCCAUGAUUCAAUAUUUGAAGUUGUCGCCUUUCAAUAUGGCCAGCAGUUUCCCGACCAAAUUGUGAACUAUAUGAACAGUAAUUUUAUUGCAAACAGAGUUGUUUUAGAGAAUACAGACAUCGAAAACGACCUUUCCAUUAAACUUAAUAAGUCUCUGUAUGAACAUCUUGCAAAAAGGUUAUACGAGGAUGUAAAGAAAGGGAAACUUCACGAUGUGUUUUUAAAUAAAGCACUGAAUGAUAAGGACUUUCAGCAGCAGUUCAUAAGCAUUUUGGCACCGUACAAUGAUGUCAAGAAAUAUUUCUUAUUACCAAGGGAAGAAUGUUUCGACAGUAUUAUUCAUGACUCACAGAAGCAAAUUGAAAGUGAUGCCGAGGAAACAGUUGGACAGAGAGAGUAUGAAAGACAAGAUCUUCUCCUUGACCUCAAAUGUAUUGGCGGAAAGAAUAUCUAUGAAAUACGCGCUAUUAGCUUUAUUAUUUAUUAUGGUCACCUCGAUUUGCUGAAAUUUUUAAUAAACUUGGUGGGUAGGCAUCAUCAGCACACAGACAUUGUUUUUGGAGCUACAAAGGAAGAACAAGUAAGAUUACUUGUUUUAGCAUGUUUUAAUGGAAAUUUAGACAUGGUAAAAUUUUUGGUAGAAAUUUUUGGGAAGACAAUUAUUAACAGCAUGCCUGUUGUAGAAGUCGAUAGAUCGAACAAUCAACACAGAUUCUUAACCCCGGUGAUUGCUGCUUGCUUGAGAAUGAAACAUGAUGUUGUUAAAUAUCUAGUUAAUAAUGGAGCAGAUAUAAAUAUUACGAAAAGUUUUUACCCUGCUUUGUGGACUCCAACUAGAAUUGGUGAUCUAAAAACAAUUAUAAACUUACUUGAAUAUGGCGCUGAUUGUAACAAAUCUGAUGGAAGAGGACAUUCUCCUCUGUAUGUUGGAUCAGAAUUUGGUUAUGUGGGUGUCGUUGAAAAACUUAUUGAGUAUGGUGCCGACAUCAACAAAUGUAAUAUUUAUGGUUGUUCACCUUUAUUAAUAGCGUCGUCAAAAGGCCAUCUCCUUGUUGUUGAAAAACUCAUUAAAAAUACUGCCGACAUCAACAAGUGCGAUAUACACGGCCAGACAUCUCUACAUUUAGCAUCACAAAAUGGCCAUUUUGUAGUCGUAGAAACAUCAAUACGGAACGGUGCUGAAUGUGAUAGAAGCGACAAAAAUCAAAUAACACCUUUACAUAGAGCUUCAGAAGAAGGUCAUCUUCCUGUUGUAGAAAAACUUAUUGAGCAUGGUGCCAACAUCAACAAAUGUGACAUUCAUGGUCAGUCAUCUCUUUAUUUAGCAUCACUUAAAGGUCAUCUUCCUGUUGUAGAAAAACUUAUUGAAAAUGGUGCCGACAUCAAUAAAUGUGACAAUCAUGGUCAGUCAUCUCUUUAUUUAGCAUCAAGAGAAGGUCAUCUUUCUGUUGUAGAAAUACUUCUUGAACAUGGUGCCAACAUCAACAAAAAUUGUGAGAGCAGUGGUUUGUCACCGCUAAAUCGAACAUCAUUAAACGGCCAUCUUCCUGUUGUAGAAAAACUUAUUGAACAUGGUGCCGAAAUCAACAAUUGUGAUAAUAAAGGUCGGUCAUCUCUGUAUUUAGCAUCACGAGAAGGUCAUCUUUCUGUUAUUGGAAAACUUAUUGAACAUGGUGCCGACAUAAACAAAUGUGAUAUACACGGUCAGUCAUCUCUACAUUUAGCAUGCCAAAAUGGCCAUUUGCAAGUUGUAGAAACAUUAAUACGGAACGGUGCUGAAUGUGAUAUAAAAGACAAAAAUCAAAUAACACCUUUAAAAAGAGCUUCAGAAGAAGGCCAUCUUUCUAUUGUAGAAAAACUUAUUGAACAUGGAGCCGACAUCAUCAAUUGCGACAGUUAUGGUUGGUCACUGUUACAUCGAGCAUCCUUUAAUGGUCAUCUUAGUGUUGUAGAAAUACUUAUUGAACAUGGUGCCGAUAUCAACAAUUAUGAUAAUAAAGCUCAUUCAUCUCUGUGUUUAGCAUCAUUUAAAGGUCAUCUUCUUGUUGUAGAAAAACUUAUUGAACAUGGUGCCGACAUCAACAAUUGUGAUAAUAAAGGUCGGUCAUCUCUCUAUUUAGCCUCACGAGAAGGUUAUCUUCCUGUUGUAGAAAAACUUAUUGAACAUGGUGCCGAUAUCAACAAAUGUGAUAAUAAAAGUAGGUCAUCUCUUUAUUUAGCAUCCCGAGAAGGUAAACUUCCUGUUGUUGAAAAACUUAUUGAAAAUGGUGCCGACAUCAACAAUUGUGAUAAUAAAGGUCGGUCAUCUCUGUAUUUAGCAUCAAGAGAAGGUCAUCAUCAUGUUGUAGAAAAACUUAUUGAAAAUGGUGCUGACAUCAACAUUUGUGAUAAUGACUGUUGGUCAUCUUUGUACAUAGCAUCACUUAAAGGUCAUCUUCCUGUUGUAGAAAAACUUAUUGAACAUGGUGCCGACAGCAACAAAUGUGAUGUACACGGUCAGUCAUCUCUACAUUUAGCAUCACAAAACGGCCAUUUGCCAGUGGUAGAAACAUUGAUACGGAUCGGUGCUGAAUGUGAUAGAAGCGACAAAAAUCAAAUAACACCUUUACAUAGAGCUUCAGAAGAAGGUCAUCUUCCUGUUAUAGAAAAACUUAUUGAACAUGGUGCCGACAUCGACAAUUGUGAUAAUAAAGGUCGGUCAUCUCUGUGUUUAGCAUCAAUGAAAGGACAUCUUCAUGUUGUAGAAAGACUUAUUGAUCAUGGUGCCGAAAUAAAAAAUGGUGACAGUUAUGGUUGGUCAUCUCUUUAUUUAGCAUCACAAGAAGGUCAUCUUCCUGUUGUUGAAAAACUUAUUGAACAUGGUGCCGACGUCAACAACAGUUGUGAUAGUAGUGGUCUGUCACCGUUAAAUCGAGCAUCUAAUAAUGGACAUCUUCCUGUUGUAGAUAAACUUAUUGAACAUGGUGCCGACAUCAACAAUUGUGAUGUAUACGGUCAGACAUCUCUACAUUCAGCAUCACACAAUGGCCAUUUGCCAGUUGUAGAAUCAUUAAUACGGAACGGUGCUGAAUGUGAUAGAAGAGACAAAAAUCAAAUAACACCUUUACAUAGAGCUUCAGUAAAAGGCCAUCUUUCUGUUGUAGAAACACUUAUUGAACACGGUGCCGACAUCAACAAAUGUGACAAUGACGGUCGGUCAUCUCUGUAUUUAGCAUCACGAGAAGGCCAUCUUCCUGUUAUUGAAAAACUUAUUGAACAUGGUGCCGACAUAAACAAAUGUGAUAUACACGGUCAGUCAUCUCUACAUUUAGCAUGCCAAAAUGGCCAUUUGCAAGUUGUAGAAACAUUAAUACGGAACGGUGCUGAAUGUGAUAUAAGAGACAAAAAUCAAAUAACACCUUUAAAAAGAGCUUCAGAAGAAGGCCAUCUUUCUAUUGUAGAAAAACUUAUUGAACAUGGAGCCGACAUCAAUAAUUGCGACAGUUAUGGUUGGUCACUGUUACAUCGAGCAUCCUUUAAUGGUCAUCUUAGUGUUGUAGAAAUACUUACUGAACAUGGUGCCGAUAUCAACAAUUGUGAUAUUAACGGUUGGUCAUCUCUUUAUUUAGCUUUAUUGAAUGGUCAUCUUCCUGUUGUUGAAAAACUUAUUGAACAUGGUGCCGACAUCAUCAAAUGUGACAGUUAUGGUUGGUCACUGUUACAUCGAGCAUCAUUUAAAGGUCAUCUUCCUGUCGUUGAAAAACUUAUUGAACAUGGUGCUGACAUCAACAAAUGUGAUAAUAAAGGUCGGACAUCUCUGUAUUUAGCGUCACGAGAAGGUCAUCUUCCUGUUGUAAGAAAACUUAUUGAACAUGGUGCCGACAUUAACAAUAGUUGUUAUGGUAGUGGUUUGUCACCGUUAAAUCAAGCAUCGUUUAAUGGCCAUCUUCCUGUUGUAGAAAAACUUAUUGAUCAUGGUGCAAACAUCAACAAGAGUGAUAUUCAAAGUCUGACUUCUCAUGAAGCAUUAGAGCAAGGUAAAUUGUCUGCUUUAGAAACAUUAAUUUGGCAGCCUGGAGAAUGGGAUUCAUUCGAAGAAAAUGAGAAAAUCACCUCUUUAUUUUCUUUUUUUCGAGCAAUAUGUUCCUGUUGUAAAAAAACUAAUAAAUCAAGUUACCGAUAUCAACAGGUAUGA